UAUCCUAAUUUGUAAAAUUUCUUUAAGUUUUUCAGAUCGAAAACUGUAAAAACCUAAUCUCAUUCUUCCCAUUCUCACUCGAAACUCAAACUACUCUCGAGAAAACGAAGAGUCCGACGAAUUCCGACGAAUUCCGACACCACUCUCAUCGGAAAUCUUGCUUCUCCGGCGUAUCGUCGUUUGCGUGUACUCCGUCAUUCGUCUCCUCCGUCUCCUCCUCGGUAGUUUGUCUUUUCGUCUCCUCCGACUCCGUUCAGCGUGUCUUCGUCUCGUUCUUAUAUGGCUCGCGUGAAAGGUAGAGAUAACAGGAUAUAUGAAUCAACAGAAGGGUCUCGAGAAGGGGCUGCAAAUCCGGAUCCAACAGAAGCUUCGACAGACGCUUCAGUUCCAACAGAAGCUUUGACGGACGCCGCAGUUCCAAAAGAUGCUCCGACGGAUGCCGCUUAUCCAACAGAAGCUCCAAUGGAUGCCGCUGUAAUUGGUCCAACAGUGGAAUCCGCAGAAGCAUCCACCGAAUUAGUAGUUUUUUCGGUUCCGGAAUUGUCUGAUAAAGAAGAGAAAGAAGAAGUCGGUGAGCAUGAUAAAGAAGUCCGUGAGUUGUCAAUUGAUGGUCAGGGUUGUGAUAACGAGGAAGAAGAGAGAGUUGUUGAUUCUGAGGGUGAAGAUGUUGCUGGUGAUAAUGAGGAGGAAGAUGUUGCUGGUGUUGUGAAGGUAAGUAACAGUUUGUAUUUGUUGUAUAUGGUGUUAAAGGUAAGCAACAGACAUAGUUGUACUCAGUUGUAUGUGUUUGAAUAUGCAGAAUAUAGUUGAUGAUAUUGCUGUUGAGGAAGAGGAGGAGGAGAGGGUUAAUGAUGUUGCAGCUGAUACAAAUGAGGAUGAUGAUGAUGAGGAAUCCCAACCACUGCCCCCAGAGAGCAUGUACUUUAGUCCAACUGAGUACAACAAGGUAUGUAAGGUAGGUAGUAGGUGUAAAGUUGGCCAAACAGUGGCCAUGAUAGAGGCAUUUGAUGAGGAAGUUAGUUGGUUUAGGAAUCAUGCUCAGUUUAAGCAUAUAUUCCACAUGCCUAAGGAACCAAAUCACAUGAUUCAAGGCAUGUGGAUGCUUAUGCUUCGCACUGCUCGCACGGGUAUGGAGAAUGAGUGUUGGUUUGUUGUGAAUGGAGUGCCUAUAAGGUACUCCUUGAAAGAGCAUGCUUUGUUGACCGGGUUGGACUGCCAUGAGUACCCAAGGAAUCAUGAGAAGAAGGGUAGUUUGAGGUUUGUCAGGAGGAUGUUUGGGAGGACAGACCUAAUCAAAAUCAAAGAUGUAGAAAAGAAGUUGGCAGCUAUUAAGAGUGAGAAGUGUUUGGAUAGGAAGAAGUUGAUUAUUUUGUUGUUUUUAUGUGCGGUUGUGAAGGCUGAUUCUAAGGGUGAUGGGAACAUAGAGCAAUUCCUGUUAAGGAUUGUUGAUGAUGUUCAUGCUUGUGAAAUAUUCCCGUGGGGAAGGUAUUCUUUUGAGCAAUGUAUGACAGGGAUCCGGAGAAUGAUGAAAAACAUGAAAGGUGAGGUGAAACCAAAAGCACAGAGCAGCUUUUUUGGAUUCAUCACUCCUCUUGAGAUUUUUGCAUUUGAGUGCAUACCACAGCUUGGAAGGCGAUUCAGAGAAGCUGUUCCCGCAGCUAAUGACUGUCCAAGAAUGUGCAAAUCUAAAUUCACUGACAGUUGCAUGAAGGGCUUUACCUUGGAUGAAAUAAACCAAGCCCUUGGUGAAAUUAAGGAUAUCUCAAGCAUCUUGGAACCUGAUAUGGAUGAGAAAGAGAUGUUGUCUGGCCUUGUUGAGAAAAAUGUUGAUGAAGGGAUGGGAUUUAUUGAUCCAGUUGUUGAAGGUUGGAGAGAGCAGCUGAUCAGAAAGAAGAAGAAAAUCUGGUGGAAAAGUCUAUACCAGAUGGACUUGCAGGCUCGGGGUUUUGGUGAUGUUGUCCCUGAAGUGGCUGAGAGGCUUGGUGAUGUUAAAGAAAGUGAUGGUGAAGUCCCUGAGAGGCUUGGUGAUAUCCUCUCAUUACAGUCAGCUGUGGACAAAGGAUUUGCGAAGAUCAUGGAGAAGUUGUCUGAGAUGGAUAGCAAAGUGAGUAUGCUGGAUGGGAGAGUGAAAGACUUAGAGGGUUAUGUGUCAGUCCAGCUAGAGAAAGAGCGGUACAAUGAGUAUCAUCCAGGGACUUCAAGUGAUUUUGUGCCAACCUAUUGUACACCAACUGCUAAUCAACCAAUAGCGAGUCCGACAAAGGCUUUGGUCCUUCACAGUGGUUUCACAGACCCUAAGCCAAUCCAGAUUCAAGAAUUGAGUGAUGAAGGUGAUCAGGAGCAGCUGGCUAGGAAAGAGAAGGAGAACAAGAAGAAGAAAGCAGUGAGGCCGAAGCAUAGUGGCCCUACAAUCCAGACCGGGAAAAAGAGACAAAGGAAGGCUUCCAGGUUUCAGGCUGAACAGUUUACAGCAGAGGGGAAGGGGAAGGGGAAGAAGCGGCAGAAGAAAUAGGUGAUCUUUAUGAGAGAUCACUCUUUAUGAGUAAUUGCUUUUGUGUAGGACAAAACUUAUAUUUUCUGAGUAUUUUGCGGUUAUCUUUUAUUAGGAUUCAAAACAUUGUACUAUCUUUUGGUUGUGUUGUGGUUUAGGUGCAUUUUUUGUA